AUGCUGGAACCAGCUCCUAAACACAUUGCCAAAGACGAGUAUCAUCGUCUUUUCAAAAAAGUAUACAAUAAACGACUAAACUACGUCCUCAAUGUCAAUAUCAUUUUAUCCAUCAUCCUCAUUUUUCUACUAGACCUCCAUCAUGCAUCCUCUUGGGUUUCUUGGAACCAAAUCUUGGUCUCAUUGUUUGUUAAAGGGCCAUUGUUCUUUACUGCUUUAACAAUGAUUAGACAAGCGAGGAAAGGAUUUUCAACCGUGGAAUACUCUCUGCACAAGACCCUUGCGACUCAAGUUUACCACUCAUUAUUUUCCAAAACAUUCAUCCACAUCACAUUAUUUCACGUUGUAUCGGCUAUCCUUUUCUAUGGAGUCUUUAUCUUCAAUUUGCCAUUUACUUUUGAUUACUAUUUGGUGUCCAAAGAGUAUAGACAGAAUCCGCAAUUGAAUGAUGAGUGGGUCCAGUAUUGGGUGAGCUCAAUUAUGCUUGCUGCUUUCUACUCGGCAAAUCAAUUGAUAUUUCAAAGAAACAGACUCUGCUUCGAAAUUGGCAACUUUAGAAACAAACUCGAGAAAACUCUUUUUUCACAUGUGCCACAAGCAGUGGGUAACGCCCUUGGAUUAAACAUUGUAUUCACAUUUGCAAAUCCUUUCAUAUAUUGGAUCAUCAAGCCAUACUUGUAUAAAGUAUUGUUCCCACUUGCCUUGAUUGGAAUAGAUACUACUUUACCACCAAGAAACACUACAUUUGCAACAUACUUUAAAGUCGCCUACUUGUCUUUUACUGUUUUACUCAGUUGGGAGUUUGCAAAUCACGUUUUCGAUGUUUAUGCGACUAUUGGGUGUCUAGAUGGCGAUAAACCUAUUUCUUCAUACAGCCCCGAGCCUUUAAAAUGUUUGAUUUCGGGGCUCUCUAAUGUGUCAUCAACCCACGAAUUGAGUAGAUUGACUGCAUUCCAAGAGUUAUCUUAUCUUGCCACUAGCAGGGACAAAGAAGCAAUAAAGAUGCGUUUAGCGUUGUUCAGUGCACGUGGAAAGAAAGAAGAUAUAUGGCCUGCGUUGUAUGAAGAAUGUUCACUUGUGAUUCGAGAGGCUAGCGAUGCCAUUAGCCACAGAAGCUUGCACGAUAUCAAGGCUAGAGAUGUAGGUAAAAAAGUGAGAUACUUGGAUGAGGAUGAAGAUGAUAGUAAAAUCUUUGGCAACUCCUACACGUACUCCAGCUUACGGUCAACAACAAGUUCCGGUGCAAGUUCUGGUGCAAGUUCUGGUGCAAGUUCUGGUGCAAAUUCUGGUGCAAGUGGAACCACUACCAGGGGUAACAUUGCAAGGUCAAACGAGAAAUUAUCCAACAAUACAAAACGGUCGAUUGAAAAUAAAUUGUGGCAUAUAUGGAAUAAAGAAGUUACACUCCCAUUGCAAUCACUUAUUAAAACGUACGUACCGCCUACUAUACGCAAACAGAUUGCUAGUUUCAAGAUUGAUACGGUCAUCUAUGAAUACAAAAACCAAUUUUUGCAAACAAAAGCAGGGUUGAUAUUCAGAAUCACUGUAAAGAGAGAUGCCGAGUCUAGAGUAAGAAACCCUGUGAAUGUUGGUAAUGCCAUCAUUUCGCUUUCAAAUUUACUCCAACGAUCUGUUGAAGAAGAUUUAUGGGCAAUAGUUUCGCCAGCAGACAUUACCCUGACCUUGAACAUUUUUGAACGCAUUGUUAGCACAUCUACCAAUUAUGUUGACUUACCACCUGCAUCCAUAUACACCAAAGGUCAAUCAAGAAAGCUGUUGAUUUAUCAUAUCAGAAAUUUGGCUAUGCAUGAGUUUUAUGAACUUUGUGUUCAAUUCAACAGCCAGUUGAAUGACUUGAACUUGAGCCAAAAGACCUACAAGUUGGCAAAAUGGGUUAUUGAUAUUGUCAUUGCAGAAAAGCAACAGUCAGAAAGAAGGGGGUUGGCAAUUUAG